UCCCUUCUCUUCCACCGAGGCUCAAAUCUGAAUUAUCAUUUUUUUCAUUCUUAUUUUCAUUGUCUGGUCCGUCGCAAGUGUGGAGGUGAAGUAUUUUUGGGAAUAAUUAAAAAAGAAAAACAAAAAAGCAAAAAAGGUUAUUGCAUCGUUCGUUUCUGACAAGCAUCAAGAUCAAGGUCAUUGUUGGAGAUGAGACAGUGGUCACCAGAGUAUAAACAGUUUCAGUGGGUCGUGCAUCUAGCGGAUCCCGAAGGCAGAAAUGGUGCCCGCCUCGGUAUCUGUUCUCGCCUACACUGUCAUCAGCGGUGGGCGUGGCUAUGGUGGGCGUGGUUCUCGGGGUCGUCAUCGCCUUCCCAGCGCUCGCCCUCGAUGCCUGGCGCCUCGAGGGGGACAUCACACUCAACGAAGUCGAGGCUGGAUGGUUCGUCAGCGUGGCUCAGACAGUGUCGGUGGCAGGAUCCAUUGCAGGAGGGGUUCUGAACGACGUCCUCGGUCCCAGGAGGCUCUUGCUGGCGGUCCUGCCUCUCCUCGCUAGUACUUGGCCGGUUUUCUUGGCCUGCGUGCACAACCUGCCUCUUCUCCUGUCGGUUCGGGUCCUUCAGGGCCUGCUGUGUUCGGCGGCCACCGCGAGCGUCUACAUCUACCCGUGCGAGGUGAUAGAGGCAAGGCGGCGCGGCGCCGUGGGUGUGCUCCCCGACUCGGCCUUCUCGCUCGGCUUCAUGCUCACGUACUUCCUGGCCGCCAUCCUACACUGGUCGACCAUCAUCGUCAUCAUGCCGCUGUUCUUCCUUCCUUGCGUCCUGACUGUGUUCCUGGUGCCGGAGUCGCCGUCGUGGCUGCUGCAGCGCGGGAGGGUGGAGGAGGCGCGGGCCAUCCUCCGGCAGCUGCGGGCCCCAGACGUCAACGUGGACAAGGAGCUCCUGGGCAUGGGCCCCCUGGACGAGUGCGGCGGCAAGGCGUCCAUGGUGAAGCAGCCUCGCUUUCUGCUGCCGGUCCUCGCGUCCAUCUUCCUCAUGGUGCUCAAGGAGGCCACGGGGCAGAUCGUCGUCGUCCUCUUCGUCGUCCACAUCUUCCGCAAGGUCGACGUGGGGAUCCUGCCGCACGUGAGCUCCAUGCUGGUGGGCGCCGCUCGCCUCGUCGCCAACGUCGCCUGUUCCUUCCUGGUGGGCCGCCUGCCUCGCCGAACCCUGCUCAUCUCGGCGUCUCUGGCGGCCAGCGUUACCAUCGCCAUUCUCGGAGGCUAUUUCUUCCGGCAGGACUCACAAGUGUGGCCGGACUGGGUCCCCCUGGCUUGCCUGAGCGUGUUCGUGGUGGCCUACGGCGCUGGUAUAGGCCCUGUGACCUGCCUGAUGUCGACCGAGCUGUUGCCUGGGGCGGUGCGGGGGCUGGGGAGCGGCCUCGCCGGCUCCGCCCUCAACGCCUCGCAGUUCACGCUGACCUUCGCGGCGACGCAGGCCGGCUCGGGCUUCUACAUCUGCCUCUGGAGCUACGCGGCGGGAAGCGCUUGCCUGGCCGCGUUCGCCCUCCUGCUUCCCGAGACGAGGAACAAGUCCCUGCGACAGAUCGAGGAGUACUGGGCGGACGUCUCAGAGAACUUAACGGGCAAGCGGUGGUGCCUCUGCCUCAGAAGAGGGGUGCCCGAUGAUUGCGAGGCGAACACCAAGAGCAAGCCCAGAAAUAACGACUCCGAGUUGGUCAGAACCGUCUGAGUCUCUCUCGCAGACGGCUCGCAACGGCCACGUGGCCUCGUGCGCACGCCAGGGAGCUGCGUUCAUGGAUGGACUUUUGGCACGUUGGUGGUGGACGACUGGGUGGUGCCGCUCAGUAGGUUUCACACGAAAGUUUUCGUUCGUCAAGUCCCCAGCGUUAGACUAAAGAGUUCUUAUCUUGUGUUAAAUCAACAUGAAAGUAAAGCGAUAUUCUUAGGCAAUCAAAAUUCUUGUUUGUGGAAUCUACAGCGCAUUUACACAUCGAUGCCACAAGGCAGGUGUCCCACCCAGGCCAAUGUACGUACGACCUGUGAUAGGGUCUUGGGAACACCUAACCCAGCCUCCGGUCAGACGGCGUUCUGGUCGACGUGAUAAGGCCAGAAGUGACAGGAGAUACUUCACAUUUGCAUCUGGCCCUGGCUACGGAGGCUUAAUACUGAAUAUCUGAAACUCCUCUUUCAGAUCUUACGGGUAGCAUCGCAUUAUCUUCUCUUUGUGAAUGAACCUCACAGUUCUCCAUCUCACACAUAGUCAUCGUGCAUAACAUUCAUAACAGUCACUGCCUGUUCACUCGCUUGUGAUUCAUUCAACAUGAACAUAUAAAGCAAAUGCAUUGCUGUUUGUGUUCGUUUCUUAUCAUUCCGCAAUGCAUAUAGGUCAUUUUUUCAAUACAGACGUGUAACCAUUCCAUUUUUGUAUCUGUGUUAAUAAAGUGUAAAACAACCUAUGAUCCUGACAAACUCCCUAAAUGUAAAAAGAACUUAAGUUAUCACAGCAAAAUAAAACACAAAACUAGCAA